AUGAGUGAAGAAUCUAAGCAAGAACCGAAGCCUGUCUCUGAAGACGUCGUUAUUGCAGAUCCUCAAGAGCAAGAGGAAAGCGCUCUUGAUAAAGUAGAAGUCAUUGAGCUUCUACCGAAUCUUUUCACUCUUCUCCAACAACUAGAGAAAGGCGAGCUACAGCCAAAAGACUUUGACAAUCAUGCUGGUACCAUCAGAAUGAAGCUCAAUAACAUGAGACUGCUUCUUCUGGAGAUCAGUGGGAUUUGUGAGCCAGUUGAGGAUCGUUUGCAGAAGAUAAAGGCUGUGAGAGAGAGCAACCUGAGAAAGAAGGAAUUCAUCAAUGCAUUCAGAGAACGUGUUCGUGGCGACUUAAAGGAUGACCUGGGGAACUAG